AUGGACUGGUCGACGCGCGCGAGGAAGGCGCGGUGCAUGUCGGCGCGCGGCGUGUAUGUCGGCGCGCGGCGUGCAUGUGCGAAGGCGGGCGUGCGCGUGCAUCGGGUAGUCGCGCGGCACAUGCAGUGCACGGCGGGGUCACUGACCUGGCGCAGCGCACGUCCAUGGCCUGGUCGACGCGCGCGAGGAAGGGGCGGUGUGCGUCGGCGCGCAGCGUGCGCGUGCGCCGGCGGGUGGGCGCGUGUGCCGAGUACUCGCGCGGCACGUGCAGUGCACGGCGGGGUCGCUGACCUGGCGCAGCGCACGUCCAUGGCUUGGACGACGCGCGCGAGGAAGAGGCGGUGUGCGCCGGCGGGCGGCCGCGUGUGCUGA